CGUUCAUUCGCGGGAGUUUUGUAUUUGGUGUAAAGGAUUAAGUGACUGACUCCAAACAUGGAACGAUAUCUGAUGGUCUUGGUUGCCAAUCGAAUUAGUAACGAAACUACAUAUUCAGAUUUACAACAGUUUUUAGAGGGAGGCUUCUGUACUCAAAAAGACGAUGACUGCAAUAAUUCUUCAUGUGUUUUGGACAGACAUAGAACCCACUAUAUAAGUAUUGUAUUUCCUGAUGCGCAACACAGUCAGCUUGCAGAAUGGCGAGUGAUUACACAAAGUUCAGAUGUACAAUGUGUUGAACUAUUGAAGGAAUUUAACACUGACGAUGUGACAUCAGAGAUUGACUCAAAAUAUUUAGAUGAUACAUUACAUGGACUGGCCGAUAAAUUACCAGUAACAGGUUCUUUCCUGUUAGAUGUUGUCUGGAUAUUUGAUGCAUCAUAUUUUCCAAUCCAUGAACAUUUAUAUUUGUUUGGAUCUCUUCGUCGUCUCCAGGAAUGGCACAAUGCCAAUAUUACUGUGCUAUGUACUUCAGACAGUCAGACUGCUAUAACAUCCUGGGUUUCUUACUUAAAUGCAACUUGUAGGUUAUUACAAGAUGCUCAUAUCAAUGAUAUGUGUCUAUGCACAAGGAGAGAUGUUGUUUGGAAAGGCACUGUAACUUUACAUGAAUCAAAGGGAGUAAACUCUGUGGCCAUUCCUGGAUUUGUUCUUACAAGAUGCAGUGAAGAAAUGGAUAAACAUGAUUCAAAAUUCAGGAUCAUACUAAGGGAAGAAAAGGGAUCAUCGUUGGAUGAG